UGGCGGCAUGGGCGUUGGCAGCCGGGGAGACCCGUACAGGCUGGCCACUCACGAGAGCCCUCACGCUCCCCAGCUGUCGCCCAGCCCGAGCCCCACGCCGUCCCAGAUGUCAGCCGGUCAGGGCGCCGGGCAGCACGCCUCCAGACGGAACCUCCAGGUGGACGUCAGCGGCGGCGGGCGCCACGGCCGCUCGCCCUCCGCGUCCCCGGACCGGGGCAGUGCCCCGACCUCGCCUUACUCCGUGCCACAGAUCGCCCCCAUGCCCAGCAGCAAGCUUUGCCCCAUCUGCAAGACCACCGAGCUGACCACCUCGAACAACACGCCCAACCACAACAAGUGCACCCAGUGUCGCACCACCGUCUGCAACCAGUGCGGCUUCAACCCCAACCCACACCUCACAGAGGUGCAAGAGUGGUUGUGUCUCAACUGUCAGAUGCAAAGAGCCCUGGGGAUGGACAUGACCACACCGCGCUCCAAGAGCCAACAGCAGAUCCACUCGCCCUCCCACAAGCCCAAGCCCCAAGCUGAACCCCAGCCCCAGCCUCCGCCACAGGCCCAGCCCCAGCCCCAGCACCCUCCAGCCCAGGCCAAGCCUCAACAACAGCCCCACGCUCAGCCCCAGUCACAGAUCCCUCACCCCGGGGCCGUGCCGCUCCCCGGCCUGGCCAAGGCCCCGUCCCAGCCCGACUUGGGCCGCGGCUCUCCGCUGCACUACGGCGGAGGUGGAGGAGGAGGUGGAGGAGGUCCACAGAUCCGGAGCGCCGGGAGCUCGCCGGCCCGCAAGCCCGCGGCGGCCGCCCAGGGCCAAGCGCAGGAAGGCCUGACCAAGCUGUUCGGCUUCGGCGCCUCGCUGCUCAACCAGGCCAGCACGCUCAUCUCCGUGGACCCGCUGCCGGGCUCCUCGCCGCAGCCGUCCCCGGCCCGCUCCAACGCCGGCGGGCCCCGCGUCCUCUUCAGCGACGGCUCCUCCAAAGGGCGGCCCGCCAGGGGGCGCUGGUGCCACCAAGCCUGGCGGGGGAGCAGGAGCUCCCUUCCAGCAGGGGCCCCAUGCACCACCACAGCAGCAGCAGCAGCAGCAGCAGAGAAGCCUCCCAUGCAGCAGCAGCAGCAGCAGCAGUCUCCGGCACAUCAGUUCAAGAUGCAGCCGCAGCAGCCCAAGCAGCAGCAGCAGCAGCAGCAGCAGCAGCAGCCGACGCCGGUCAAGCAGGAGCCUCCGCCCCAGCAGCAGCCGGCCCCGGCGCCGAAGGUCGAGUGUCCGCUCUGCAAGACGGCGCUCAACAUCGGCUCGACCGACCCGCCGAACUACAACUCCUGCACGCAGUGCCACACGCAGGUGUGCAACCUGUGCGGCUUCAACCCCACGCCGCACCUGGUGGAGAAAAAAGAAUGGCUCUGCCUGAACUGUCAAACACAGCGGCUAAUGUCAGGCGGGCUCGGAGACAUGCCUCUUCCUGUUCCCCAGCCGUCUCCCAAGCACCAACCAAUGGGAUCGCCUCGACACCAAGCGCCGGCCAGUCAGCAGCCAGCUCAGCAGCCGCCCUCGCAGAAAGUGUCCAAUCAGCAGCAGGAGGGGCCGAAGGCAAUGCAAUCACAGCAGAAAGCUCCCUUGGCUCAGGGGAGCGGUCCCUUCGCCCCAACGGCUGCUAAGGCACCAGGGGAUGCAAAAGCCCCUGGUCAGACCACUACCUCCAGCGAGACGCAGAAACAGCAAAAGAAUUUGGAGAAGGAUAUCACCACCUCCAAAACGGAGAAGGAACCAGAGUCCAAGGACUCUAAGCCUGCUCUUAAGAAGGGGAUACAAGAGCAAACACCAACCAUUACUCCAGCUAAAGAUGAGAAGAGGGAAACUCAAAAGUCAAGAUAUUAUGAGGAGGCGAACAAAACAAACAGCACCCAUGACCUCUCCAGGAGUCCCCAGAGCCUGAGUGACACUGGGUACUCCUCAGACGGCAUCUCGAGCUCGCACAGCGAGAUCACCGGCCUCAUCCAGGAGGAGGAGAUGAAGCUGAGCGAGAGAGGCCUGACUGGCCGCCACACUCCUCCCAGCCCCUCCGAGAUCACCAAGCUAGAGAGCUCCAUGAGACCAUUACUGGAGUCCAAGGUGAAGGACCAGGAGAAGGACAGGGAGCAUGAGCGUGGCAGAGGUCGGCAUCAUUCCCGAGACGCGGGACAUCGGCCGCAUUCACUCUCGAUCAGUCCUGAGGCCUACGACUCCGACGAAGAACUGGAGGACAUCAUGGAGGAAGAGGAAGAUCUGGCCGACUGGGAGGCCAAACGAGAGCUUCGAGCCAUGGCUGCCGCAGGAGAGGAGAGUAGUCACAAAAAGAAACCAGAUCCCUCUGAAAUGACCGACGAGGAGUAUAUGAGGAGGCAGAUUAUGGAAAUGAGCGCGGAUGAGGAUAAUGAAGAGGAAGAGGAGGAGGAAAUGGAGGAGGACGAGGAAGACGAGGGAUAUGGAUACCAAAAAUCAAAAAAGACACACAAGCACACCAGCGAAUCAGGGAAAGAGAAACGACGCCUCACACACCACUCGAGUAGCUUUGAGGAAGAAACCAAAUCUAGUGACGUGAAAAAAGGCUAUGCUGAGGAAGGAGAGGAGGACUUGAUGGCCUCACAAGGCGGUCUGCGCCGAUUUAAGACCAUUGAGUUAAACAACACAAGCAGCUACAACCGAGACAUCGAACUGAGCAAUGAGAAUGACCUAAGCCUGGACAGAGAACCCGAGCUUGAGAUGGAGAGCCUCACGGGCUCCCCAGAGGAGCGUUCGAGAGGGGAGUACUCCUCCACUUUACCACCCACCACCUCCAGCUACACCUCUGGCACCUCGCCCACUUCCAUCUCCUCGAUGGAGGACGACAGCGACAGCAGCCCCAGCCGUAGGCAGAGGCUGGAGGAGGCCAAGCAGCAGAGGAAGGCCCGACACCGCUCCCACGGUCCACUGCUGCCCACCAUCGAGGACUCUUCGGAGGAGGACGAGCUGAGAGAGGAAGAGGAGCUCCUCAGGGAGCAGGAGAAGAUGCGGGAGGUAGAGCAGCAGAGGAUACGUAGCACGGCCCGAAAGACCAAACGAGACAAGGAGGAAUUGAGGGCUCAGAGGCGGAGGGAGAGGUCCAAGACUCCUCCCAGUAACCUGUCUCCCAUUGAAGACGCCUCCCCCACGGAGGAGCUGAGACAGGCUGCUGAAAUGGAGGAAUUGCACCGAUCCUCCUGCUCAGAGUACUCUCCCUCCAUUGACUCGGAGGCUGAGGGCUAUGAGGUAUCAUCCAAGCUCUACAAGUCCGGCAGUGAGUACAACCUGCCAACAUUUAUGUCUCUGUACUCUCCUACUGAAAAGCCUGAAACGACCUCCUCUACCACAACCACGACUACCUCAGUGAGUGGCAAGCCUUUAAAGAGUGCCGAAGAAGUCUAUGAGGAAAUGAUGAGGAAAGCAGAGAUGUUGCAGAAGCAACAGAAGCAGCAGCAGCAACAGCAGCAGCAGCAGCAGCCGUCUCGUUCAGGGCAGCAGUACAACACAAGCGCCUUUCAACAGGAGGGCAUAAGAAAUGGACAGCAGUAUGAGGAUGAGUAUGAAUAUGUUGAUCAAGAUGAAACUGAGUAUGACAAUGAGGAGAGUGGGGAUAUCUAUGAAGAGAUUCGUCAGACCUCCCAAAACAUCACAAAAGAGUUGGACGAACAAGGAGAUAUUGAGGGAACCUAUCCUGACAAGCAACUUCUAGAUACAGGCUCAGCUUUUGCCAAACUGCUGGAGCAAAGUAAUGCCCUUUUGACCCCAGGCACUAGCCCCACUCAACUCUCCGCUCCUGUUUCAUUUGCUGAAACUGGUAGGGGCAUUCCUGACUCACCUUCCCAUGGUCUCUACAGGACCCGCCGUGUGGAGAAAGUCAGUGUUGGCACAAGCAUGGUCACUACGGCAAGCACAUACACUCGUGGGUCUCUCUCUAUGGAAAACAUAUCCCUCUGCAGAAUAUCUACUGUUCCGGGCACCUCCAGAGUGGAACAAGGUCAAAUGAUUCUUGGUGGGAGUGUAGUAGACCUGAGGACUCCAUUGAAGCCAACUCCAAUUAUCAUGACAGACCAAGGGAUGGACUUAACUUCAUUAGCCACAGACUCACGAAAGUUUUCAGGCAGUGCAGAGGGCAGCCCUAUUCGGCACUCAACAAUUGUCCAGCCACUGAUCAUGAACCUCAAUGCUCAGGAGCAACCGCAUAUGAUGGCUUCGACACCUACAACUGUGAGUGUCACAGUGGCAGCAUCCAUGUUCUAUUCCCAACACAAGCAACCUGUCAUAUAUGGUGAUCCUCUCCAGAACAGAGUGGAUCUGGGUCAGGGUAUGGUAGCUGUAUGCCUGGCUCCAUCAAAGCCUCUCCAACAGCAACAGCAGUUACUGGAACAGCAGCUUCAGCAGCAUCACCACCUGCAGCAAACGGGUUCAUUCUCAAGAUUCAACCUGAGCGGUCAAACCCCAGUGCUAAAGAAAGACCUGGUGGUGAGCCAAUCCAGCAGUGCCCAACCUGUUGUCAGUGCCAUAUCACCUGCUGUUGCACCUGAGAUAUACAGUGCUGGGGUGUCCAUUGAGAUGCCACCUGCGCAAGGUAUAGUGAACCUGGCCACUACCAAACCUCAUGCAGUGAUGGUGCAGAUGGAUGGUAUCUCACAAGGAGGUCCAGUUUCCCAACUCGUUAGGUCAGAAGAUGGUCAGGAUAUUGUAGAUCUUACUGGCCAGAUUAAAGCAGAAAAUCAAGUAGCCUGCUGUGACGUUGUUUACAAUUUACCCUUUGGUGGCACUUGCGUUGGAGGUCCCUUCUCCCAAAACCCAAAUCCAGAUGAAGCACCUGGUGUCAUUGAGCCUCCACGGCCCAUGCCGUUUCCCAGCUCCCAGCCAAUUCCCAACAACCACCGCCGCUGCGGUGCCCAGCCCCCGUCUAUGCCAGGACCAACACCCAUUGUUGUGCCAACAAACCAACCACAAGAGCAGCCUAUGAAUCUGACACAGCCUCACCACCACACUCAGACACAACCAUCAGGGCAAGCCCCUAGUCAGCCUCAAGCACCAACACAACCUCCCAUGGCUUAUGCCUACCCACCUACUCAUGGUCAGCCACCAAGCCAACCCCAGUCUCAGCCACCUCCACCAACCCCAUCUGCUGCCACCACCAGCAGUGAUGCAACAGCACCAAAAGACCCGGAAGAAGAGAGGCUUCAGCGACAACAGGAGCAUUUGCUUCAGCUUGAGAGAGAGUGUGUGGAGCUGGAGAAACUACGUCAGCUUCGUCUGCAAGAGGAGCUUGAGAGGGAGCGUGUCGAGCUCCAACGACAACGUGAGAAGGAACAGAUGUUGGUACACCAGGAGAUCCAGGAGCUGCAGACCAUCAAGCAUCAGGUCAUACAUCAGCAGCAGGCCGAGAGAGAAAAGCAGCUCGUCUUGCAGAAGGAGCAGCUCGCCCAGCAGAAAGCACAACUUGACCAGAUACAGUCUUUGCAGCAUCAACUGCAGCAGCAGCUUGAAGAACAGAAGAGACAGAAAACCGCCGCUGCAGCUGCAGCAGCCGUAGCCACAGCCAAUGUAAUUUGCGACCAAACAGGCAGAAUCAUUCAACAUGAACUGGUCCCAGACAUGACGUACAGCGAUUCGCAGCUGGCCUCUAGGUCUCUGCCCAAUUCUGCAUCAGAGAUGUGUUUGCGUGAGGAGCAGGAAACCAGAUCUAUGAGGAAACAGAGGUCCAUGCCUCGUCUCCAGGAUGGUGACAUAAGAGAGCCGAUGUUCCCUCUGACACGAAGAAUUGUGGACAGCAGUGUGCAAACAGAUGAGGAGGAUGGCGAGGAGAGGUUCCUUAUGUCCAGAAGGCGACGCACCAGGCGUAGCGUUGACUGCAGUGUUCAGACAGACGAUGACGAUGACAAGGCAGAGUGGGAGCAACCAGUCAGACGCCGGCGAUCCCGCCAUUCCCGCCACUCCGAGUCUGGGGCUGAUGCCAAGACUGACUCCGCAACUGCCACCACCUCCACAGCUGCCAAGGUGUCCUCAUCCAGCAUAGCCAUUCAAACCAUCCGGGACUGUUCUAGUCAAACAGACAAAGAGCAGUUGGGAAGAGUCUCCCCUGCCAUUCAGGUGACUGUGCCUGACCCAAAUAAAGUUGAAAUCGUCCACUACAUCUCUGGCCCCGAGAGAACACAGAAAGGCCAGAGUUUAGCUUGCCAAACGGACGUCGAGGCCCAGUCACAGGGAGUGGUUGUCCCACAGAUCAGCGUGGCGACCACCAUCAGCCCCUACUCCACAAGUGUCCAGCUUGUUGGAUCAUCGUCAGAUCCCCUCUCUCCUCGUCAGCAGGCGUCCAAGUUUGAGCGGCGAAAGCCAGACCCAUUAGAGAUCAGCUACCAGCAGCAGCACCAUCUGCACAAUGAAUCUCUGUCUAACCUGAUCCGGCAGCCACCCAAGUCUCCUCAGGUCUUGUACUCGCCAGUAUCCCCGCUUGCGUCUCCUCAUCGCCUAAUUGAGACAUCAUUCGCAUCCAGUGAAAGGCUGAAUAAGGCUCACGUCACUCCACAGCAGAAAUCCUAUACUGCAGAGUCACCCCAGAGGCACUCCACUUUGCCUCGACCAAUGAAGAAUGUCCAGAGGUCUAUGUCAGACCCCAAACCUCUCAGCCCGACCACAGAUGACCAUGCGAAGGCCAGGUUAUACCUGUCUCAACAACAGGCACUCCAGAGUCAGCUGGCUGCCCUCCAGCAGAGCUCCCUCCUGAGGAAGGUGAAGCGCACCCUGCCCAGCCCCCCGCCCGACGAGACCCAGCUGUCGAUGGUCACCCCUGCCCUGCCCCAGAUGUAUAUGCCCUCGGUGCCGUCUCUGAAGGCUGGCCGCAGCCCUGGCCUGAUCGCCAAGGCCAGCCUGCUGAAGGACCUGACCCACGAGCUGAAGGCGGUGGAGCAGGAGUCUACCAAGCUCCGCAAGCAGCAGGCGGAGCUGGAGGAGGAGGAGAAGGAGAUAGACGCCAAGCUCCGCUACCUGGAGCAGGGCAUCCAUCAGCGCAAAGAGACUCUGGUGAAGGAGAGAGAGAGGCGGGAGCUGGCGUACCUGCGCUGCAUGGGCGAUGCACGAGACUACAUGUCAGACUCUGAGCUCAACAACCUGCGCUUGGCAGCGGCUGCGGCGUCCUACGAGAGCAACGGCCUGCUGACGAGACCCAGCACGGCGCCCCUCAGUCAGUUUUCCAGUGAGCUGAGUACCGCCGCCCAGUACCCUCCUACAUCAUCAUUCGUCUCCUACCAGUUCCCCCAGAGCCAGCCAGUUCCCGCCCCACAGCCCACAACCCCUUUCCAAUCCACUGGAUACAACCAGCCUCCCUACCCCACUGUCUCCCAGGCCCAGGCUCUCCCUCAACCCACCCCUCUGCAGACCCAUCAUCCUCCCCCAUCAUACCAGACUCCAGGGACCUUCCCCUCACAAACCUAUCCACCAGGCCAACCUCCUUACCCAACUGAACACAGUGUGCAACCUCCAUCCCAGCCAGGACAUCCCGGGUUCCAGCAGCCUCCACCCCCUGGUGGCCAACCUCCUUACCCAACCCACACUACUCCAUACCCGAGCCAGGCACCACCCUACCCGGUCAGCCAGGCAAGCACUUACCAACCUCAGGCUGACAUCCUCACUGUGCACCAGAGGCCCCGUCAGACCUCAUUGGCUGAUUUGGAGCACAAGAUGCCCACUAAUUAUGAGGUCAUAAGCAACCCGACAGUUGUCGUGACAACCACCGCUCAAGACACCUCCUACUCUCAGACAGGUAUGGCCCCCGCUUAUGGACAGUACGCAACAACCAUGGCAAGCAGUUAUGGUCCAUACUCCACAGCUGUUUCCAGCUCUUACGGAGGCUACCCCACGACCACCGCAAGCUCCUAUGGCCAAUACACUACAACUGUGGCUAGCUCUUAUGGCCAGUACACAACAACUAUCGCUAACACUUAUGGCUACACCACAACCACAGCCAGUUCCUACGGACAGUACACAACCACGAUGUCUAGCGCAUACGGCCAGGCAUCUGACCGACUACACUCGGUCGACAGCCCUUCCACCUAUGCCAGUGAUGGUAUGUAUGGUUCCGCUAACCUGGAUCAGAACGGUGCCAAGAGCUACGUGGUGAUCGAUGACAUCAGCGAGCUGACGAAGGAGGGCAUGGGCACGGCCGCUGACCCGCACCGCACCGAGGGUCACGGGCGCUACGGGGCCGACGCCGUCCACACGCGAGGAGGGAGCUCCUACGGCCGACCGGAGGACGCGCAGCUGGAAGACCAGUACGACCAUCACCACGGCAGGGGUAAGAGCACCGGCGGCUACCAUCCGCGAGGGGCAGAUAUGUACGGCCGGGUAGUGGGCAGCGGUAGCAUGGGUGGGGGAUCGUCCUAUUACUAUGACGACUACAAGCACUCGUCAACCACAAGUUCACGUGCAGCCCAGAGGCACUCGUCCAAGAGCUUGGCACCAGCUGUAAUGUCCACCAAGAGGAGCAAGCACCGCAAGCAAGGCAUGGAGCAGAAGAUCUCCAAGUUCUCGCCCAUCGAGGAGGCCCGUGACGUGGAGGCGGACCUGGCCUCCUACACCAUGAGCACGGCUGCGACCAGUGGCUACGGUUCCGGCUCCCGUUCCCGAAAGCUCCAGGACGAGUUCGCUUACGGGCUCGGGCGCAAGACCGUCUACGACCCUCAGAGGGGCUACUACGAGGAAGACGAGCGACUGUACAGCCAAGGCAGGUCCCGCUCCACCGGCUACGUGCCAGUAAUGGACAAGGUCGCGACCAGGGACUCGGGCUACCGGAGCAGAUCGUACGAGCGGGACUACUAUGAGAGGUCGUAUCGGAGCGGCUAUGGUGGCCACAGUGGACGUCCUACCUUGCGCUCACAGUACUCCGAGGAGGAGAGUCCACUCAGCCCUAUGGGGAAACCUAUGGGCGGACGUGGCUAUAUGGGGCCAGAUCCUUACAAUCCAUACGGCUCCAGCCACUCCCUGCCAGACGUGCAGGACCACAUAAGAGACUUGCCCAGGACGCACGUCUACAAAUCUGACGAUAUGUACAUUAUAGACGAUUAUCAUUGCGCUGUGUCAGACAGUGAAGCCUACCACUUGGGCCAGGAGGAAACGGACUGGUUCGAGAAGCCGCGCGACGUCCGUGGCUCCCGUCACUAUGGCAGCAGUGGCCACUCCUCGGGGAGGCGGAGCCACGUCAAACACACUUACCACGACUACGACGAGCCGCCGGAGGAGGACCUGUGGCCGCAGGACGAGUACGGCCAAACGCGCUCCCACUCCGCGUCUCGGGAGCACCGCCACCACGGCACCGGGAGCUCGAGCCGCCACUCGUCGUCUCGCCACGGCGACGAACAGCGGUCCUCUCGGUCUUCGCGCUCCUCCAAGGACCCGUCCGUGCGCCACGACUCCCGCUCCGUGUCCUCGUCUUCGGGCAAGAGGGGCGACUCGCGCUCCCAGAGCUACCACUCCGCCGACUACGCCCGCGACCCCUCGGGACACCACCACUCGGGCCAGCGCUCCAGCCGGCAGUCCUCCCACCACCAGGGGUCCUCCAGCAGGAAGCAGCAGCAGGAUCUCCAGGGCCAGCCGUCCUCCAGGCAGCCCGGGUCGUCCGGGUCCAGGACGCCGGGAGGGCCCGCGGGGCAAGGUAGGCAGCCUGGGUCGGCGCUGCCGCCGGACGGGCAGCAGGGCCAGCGGGCGCAGCUUCAGCAGCAGCCCCAGACGUCGGCGGCCAGGCCGGGUCAGCAGCUGCCUGCGGGAGGCGUUGCAGCGCAGCAGCAGCAAACCCAGCAGCAGCAGCUCCAGGCCAAGCCGGGCCAAAUGGGCCAAAUGGGCCAAAUGGGGCAGAUGGGGCAGAUGGGUCCGAUGGGCCCGGGGGCAGGAGCAGCACAGACACCUGCUGCUAUGGCUGAACCCAAACCUGCAUCGACCACCGCGAUUGGAGCAAAAGCUGCGACAGCCCAGCCAGCCAAAGCCGCUCAGCCACCACUCACGGGGAUAGGGUCCAAGGCUGGCAUUGGUGGCAUGGGUGGUAUCGGUGGCAUUGGGUCGAAGGCAGGUGGCAUAGGCAGCGCAGCUGCAGGUCAGCCUGGUGCAGAGGGAGAGAGCUUGCUGUCUAAGGUCCUGCCAUUAGGAGGAGCCGCUGAGCAGGCCGGAAAGCUGGGCGAGGCACUGCUGGGGAGCUACUAA